AGAAGACACUGGAAGAAGUCUAGUCCCAGACUCCGUCCCGGCCACAGGCCCAAAAACUCAAAAAGCGGGCAAUUUCAAAAUAUUUUCAAACAGCGUGGCCGAACGUGCUUUCAACUUUUGUCGAGUUUUUGACAUUUCGAUUAGAUAUCGAUGAAAUUGUCGAUUAAUUACGCAAAUAAACGUUAGCAGAUUAAAUGCUCUAUAUUUCCCGCGACACUUAUGUGGUCGCGACUGGAAAAUAUGCCGUUCAAAAUGGCUAACAAAGUGGUUGUAUUUCAAAUCACUUAUUCAUCAUUAUUCAUAAUGGUUUAGGAACGAAGUACACAUAUACACCAGUGAUAUACACUCAUCAUAUACAGGGGAAAUAGUGAUGGAAGGAACGGGUCUGCAUGGCUCAGAAAGAACACUUGAUAGGAUGUACUCGACAGUACUAUUCAAUCCAAGCCAGGUGAAAAGUUGAUCUAUAGCGCGUACGUGUAAGGUCCAUUGGGUCUUUAUUGAAAAGAAAGUGAAAAUGUAGUAACAUGUGGUUAAGGGUACAACGAUUGAAAAACCUACUAUCCGACCUUCGUACAACAGGCUCCUGACGGGCAAUUUAGAAAUGAGAAAGUCGAACGUUAUUGCAGAACAAAAGUCGAAAGGAGAUAAACCAAUGGCAUUUUUUAGCAAGAGGAAUGUCAUGUCAUUGUCUCCAAACCGUGCAUAUGCUAUCAACUGUGCUGAAAAGGACAUAAAUAAUCUUGCCGUGGAGUUUUACGCCGAGGAAGAAAGCGUUAGAUUUCACGCCAAAAGUGGCAUCUUUCGAAAACCAACCUCCACAAAAUACAGUUGGACUCUUUGAGUUCACAAUAUCGCAAGAAAUGUUGAAUGAAGGUGAGGAUAGCCCUGACAGGCAACAAGAAAGCUGUAGGAAAUUUAACACUGAUGGAAGUACAGCUUUCAAAAAUCAGGAUUAUGAAAGUGCUAUAACGUUAUAUUCAAAAGCAAUUGAGGCUACAGACUACAUGUUUGCACCUUAUUUUGCCAAUCGAGCUGCUUCAUACUUCAUGAUUAGAAAUUUUGUGGAAGCGUACACAGAUGCUUCAUCAGCUAUUGGAUUGGAUGAGAAUUGUUUUCAGGCAUAUCUAACAAUUGCAAGGUGCAGUUUAGCCCAGGGUUUACUGGAGUUGGCCAAGGACAAUUUGGAAAAGCUAGCACAAAUAGACCCUGAUUCCAGCAGUUUGGCUAAAAUGUACUCCAGGUUCUAUAAAAUCCUCAGCUAUGAAAUCUUGGCAGCAUGUGCUUAUACUAGAGGAGAUCUUAAACAGACUUUAAGCUACACUCAAAAUCUGUUAGCCCAAUCACCUGAUAGUGACAAAUACAGAGUGGUAAAGGCAGAUCUCCAUGCCAUGAUGGGUGAUUAUGAUGAAGGCAAAAAGGAUGCAAACACUGUGCUAUACCAUGAUGAAAAGAACUCAGAUGCUUGGUAUGUUCGUGGAAUCUGUUUGUACAACCAGGGAUCCUUUCAACCGGCCUAUGAAGCUAUCAUUGAAAAUGCCUUGAGAUGCGAUCCGGGACACCAAAAAAGCUUAAUGAUUUCUGAGAGACUGAAAACUCUGCAAUCAUUGAACGCUAAUGCAUGCCAGGCAUACAGAAGUAAGAACUUCUUGGAAGCUUUUAAUCUCCUCACUCAAGCCUUGACAGUGGAUCCAAAAAACCGACUCCUUCUUGCCAAACUUCAUCACAGAAGAGGACUCUGUUCGUUUAUGUUAAAGAAUUUUAAAGACGCCAUUAGUGAUUUUGCGGAGUCUUUAAAAUUGGAUGAGAGUAAUUUAGACGUGUAUCUAAUAAAAGCCAAAAGCCACUUGAUCACUGGAGGAUAUGAGGAAGCAUGUUCAGAAUAUCUGAAAGUUCUACAAAGGACAGUUGAUCAAACUCCUGGUCCUCAAAAAUACGAGAAACUUUACAAAGAGUCUGAUGAAGCGAGACUUAAAUUGGAACAUGCCUGCAGAGUGCUAUCAUUGUCAAGAAAUUGUUCAAAAUCGGACGUCAUAAAGGCGUUUAGAAUGAGGGAGAUUUCGAUACAUUAUCCAGAUUGCCAUCCUGGGCUGAGUGAUGAGAUGAGAGAACAAAAGGAGGAGCAAUUUAGGGAGAUAACCAAAGCCCGUGACUUUUUGCUGGAUUAUCUCCAAAGGAUGAAAGAUUUCCAGGAUUUUGAAGUUGUUUUUUCUGAUGAAGACGACUUUGAAACGGAGCUGUGAAGGUUCAGUCCCAGUCCCAGCCAAGUUACAUCAGAUCAGUGAGUUACGUAGGCUAAUUAUUGUGGACAUCGCGGGUAGAUUGCGGCCCUGUUCAGUGUUCACCCGCUACCGAAUUGCCAUCGGAACCGGUCAAAUUUUGUAGUUGAACAAAAGGAAGUGACGAAUUUUAAUGUCCUAGACCUGAAUGACUAUGCCAAUCACCAAACUAUCAAUUUAAUAAGUAUUUGCCAUCAUUAUACAAACUAAGGUGCCUGGACGUACGAACCAUCACCGUUGCUCAUAAUGGAAAAUGUCCAUGUUCGUUUUCUGGCUCAUUGAGUAUAUUUAAGUUCAUAUGUGCGAUGCCAAAUCACGACCACGAAACCAAAACAGUGUAAUUGUAGAAAUAAAUCCUCAUGCCCACUGAAUGGUAAAUGUCUAAAUACUAAUGUAGUAUACCAAGUAACGGUUGUUACUUGUUAGAAACGAUUCCAACCAUAUAAAAUCGUAUGUUGGUCAUAGCGAAGGCGAUUUCAAAUUAAGAUAUAAUUGCCACACUAGCUCAUUCAGAUUAAGUAAAUGUAGAAAUGCA